CAGCGUCCAAGACGGCUUUGGAAGUCUAUGUCGAGAUGUCUGACUGGGCCCUGAAAAGCUCUGGUGCCACCAUCGACAUGCAGAGAACUUCUGAGACCUACAACUGCAAAGAGAAUUGGGGCUGCAGGGUUUUAUGGUUCUUUCGCCCUGCCAACCCUCCUGAUACUAUCUUGCAGCCGGAUCUUUCCCCAGGAGACUGCUGGCCUUUACAAGGGCCUCAGGGCCAGGUGGUCAUCAGGUUGCCAGCACGAGUCCACCUGACCGCCGUCACGAUGCAGCACAUCUACAAAGAGGUCUCUCCAUCUGGGACCGUCACCAGCGCGCCCAGAGACGUCUCUGUCUUUCACCUGGGGGUUCUUGACCAAAACUCAAGGCAGAGACUGAGCUGCGCCCUAACCAGUGCUAGACUACUGCUAGAGCCGCAGGAGAGGCUGGGCAGAUAA